AUGUCGGAGAAUGCUAGUGGUCAGCCCCAGCAAACAUUAGCGACCACCAUCAAUGAUGGAACAGCAACAGCAUCGCCAUCACCACAAAGCUCAUCUGCACCUUCGGCUACGAACAGAGAGGAUCGACUUUUCCCUUCAGCGUUGAUCACCAACGACGAGCCACGCCAAACCUACAUCUCGGACCGGAUCAAAUCAAGUUCUACUUCAUCUGUGAACGAGCUCGGCGUCGGUGACAAUGCCGCCCAAACUCCCACCAACUCCGCCUCCGUGCAACCGGAAUCGAAACGGAUGUCCUUCGCCUCACUACGUUCUUUAGGUUCGGUAAGCAUCGCUGGCUCUGUGAGUGGUGCUCACGAUGCAGCCGCUUCCAAUGAAGACUCUCAGAAGACGAAUGCAGGCUAUACAAGGUCAUCAGUAUCGUCCGCCGAUUACCCUGCCAGCUUUCGAUCAGGCCACGCGCUGUCGGGUUUGAAUCAUACACCUAUUGGAUUAUCAUCUAUACGGAGUGAUGCACCUUCCGAGGGACGCCGGUUAUCUCGACCAACACGUUCGUCAAGCAGAGCUCCAAGGAGGCUAAGCGGUAGUACUGCCGCAAGCUCUGCUAGCGAAGCGGAACCACGCCCGCCUUAUGUCGGUAGAAUUGGAGUUUGUGCCCUGGAUGUCAAGGCGCGUAGCAAACCGAGCCAAAAUAUUCUGACCCGACUCCAAUCAAAGGGCGAUUUGGACGUGAUUGUCUUUGGUGAUAAGGUGAUAUUGGACGAAGCGGUCGAGAAUUGGCCCAUAUGCGAUUUCUUGAUUUCUUUCUUCUCCGAUGGCUUCCCGCUCGAUAAGGCAAUAGCGUACGCGAAGCUGCGAAAACCUUUCUGCGUGAAUGAUUUGUUAAUGCAAAAGAUUCUAUGGGAUCGCAGAUUAUGUCUCAAGGUUUUGGACCAAAUGGGUAUUCCCACGCCCAUGAGAGUGGAGGUCAAUCGUGAUGGGGGCCCAGUGUUGGAGUCAGCUGAACUUGCCCACCAUCUUUACCAACUGACAGGCGUGAAGCUUCAAGGUCCGGAGGACGGUGUUGGCGGUGGAGCUGUCAAGUCCCAAUCAAUAUCGCUGUCCGAAGACGGGGAGACACUUAUAGUUGACGGUCAGACCAUUCGAAAACCUUUUGUCGAGAAGCCCGUGAGUGGAGAGGAUCACAACAUUCACAUUUACUUUCCCAAAGAUCAACAAUAUGGCGGAGGCGGAAGACGUCUUUUCCGAAAAGUGGGAAACAAGAGCUCAGAAUACGACCCAAAUCUUGUGGUGCCUCGAUCCGUCACGGAGAAAGAUACCAGCUAUCUCUACGAGCAGUUCCUGAGAGUUGACAAUGCCGAAGAUGUCAAAGCGUAUACGGUUGGCCCUGAUUUUUGCCACGCUGAGACUCGCAAGUCUCCAGUUGUGGACGGAGUUGUACGCAGAAAUACUCACGGAAAAGAGUUGCGGUACAUCACCAACCUUACAAAAGAAGAAGCUGCCAUGGCGGCCAAGAUUUCAAAUGGCUUUGGCCAACGGAUCUGUGGCUUUGACAUGCUUCGUGUUGGGGACAAAAGUUAUGUCAUUGAUGUGAAUGGCUGGAGUUUCGUCAAGGAUAACAACGAUUAUUACGACAAGUGUGCAAAGAUCCUUAGGGAGAUGUUCCUGAAUGAAAAACGCAGACGUGAUAGGAAUUUCGAGCAGUCCGAACCACCCUCUCCGGAUACCGUCUCGUUCAAGAGAGGUGUAUCAGGUUCCCAUCGCAGUGCAUUUAAGACAAUCUUGAAGUCGCCCAGUAUGUCUAGAAUACACGGCUCUCCACAUACCUUCAAGGAUCAUUUCAUGGCUUCGGAUGUUGUUAGCAAUCCGACAUCAGCUCCUGCUGGGGAUAUGCCCAAACCUUCAAUGUCUCAAUCUCGGGAGGAACUGUCACUACUGCCAGCUAGCGGCAGUCCCUCGGUGACACAUUCGCCAGCACUCUCAAUUUCAAACGAAGAGGAAGUUGUACCGUUACCUGCGUCGAAACAUUCAUGGAAGCUCAAGGGUAUGGUAGCCGUUGUACGCCACGCCGACCGAACACCGAAACAAAAGUUCAAGUUCACCUUUCACAGUCAACCCUUUGUUGACCUGCUUCGAGGCCAUCAAGAAGAAGUUGUUAUUAAAGGUGAGUCGGCUCUUGCUAGUGUAGCUGAAGCUGUUCGGGUGUCAAUGAAACAGGGGUUGGAGGACAUGGAUAAGCUCAAACUUCUCAAGAUAUCAUUAGAGAAGAAAGGCCCCUGGCCAGGAACCAAGGUCCAGAUUAAACCCAUGUUCAGGAAGCGACGACCCGAGGAGAUGUCAGGAGCAACGGCUGGAACGACCUCUACUCAGACUAAAGAUGCUCCCCUUCCGGAGGAUCCAACUACGCCAUCACAGGAAGUGUUAUCUGACGGAGAGAAGCUCGUACGAUCGCAGACCCGGAGUGACUCCAUCUCGGGGGCUACAUUUUCUCGAUUUUCUGCUGCCGAGAACGAUCUUAUCUUGGACAAGCUUCAGUUGGUUAUUAAGUGGGGAGGAGAGCCUACGCAUGCUGCUCGAUAUCAAGCACAAGACCUGGGUAUGACCAUGAGAGAUGAUUUGAAACUCAUGAACAAAGAGGCUCUGAAUGAUGUUCGCAUUUUUACUAGCUCAGAGCCUCGAGUUAGUACAAGUGCACAAAUUUGGGCUUGUUCCUUCUUGGAUGAGAAAGAACUUCCAGAAGACUUCAUUCAAGUGCGGAAAGAUUUGCUAGACGACUCCAAUGCUGCUAAAGAUGUUAUGGACAAGGUUAAGAAGAAGCUGAAACUCUUACUUCGAGAGGGAUCCGCGCCUUCUCAAUUCACCUGGCCGAAAGACGAUUUUCCAGAGCCAUCUGUAGUCCUUGCGACUGUGGUUCAAUUGAUGCAAUUCCACCGGGACGUCAUGCGCUACAACUUUCGCCGGUUGGCCCGCUCUGAUGAUGCUGAUGUCUCUGGAACCCCGCAUAAGCAAACUGAAAGCCCAUCUGUGGAAUCUAUACAAGGUCGUUGGUGCACAGGUGAAGAUGCCGCGUUGUUCAAAGAGAGGUGGGAAAAGCUAUUUGCGGAGUUCUGCGAUACGGAAAAGGUCGAUCCUAGCAAAAUAUCAGAGCUUUAUGACAGUAUGAAGUUUGAUGCGUUACACAAUCGUCAAUUCCUAGAGUGGGUUUUCACACCUCCAGAGGGGUUUAAAGCCAAGGAGCAGCUACAAGGGUUACCGUCACAACAAGCUGCUGAAAACGAUAUAUUCGGAGAAAAGGCCGAUACUAGCACCUUGGUCGAGAGGAUAGGAUUCAAGAAGAGAGCCUUGAGUAUCGUGGAGUCCAGACGUUUUGGACGCUUGGAAGAUACUUAUGACAACUACUUCAAAUUGCACGGCAAUCCGAAUUCUAAAAGAAAGAAAUCCGAUGAACGCCUUGCCAAGUUGCGGGAGUUGUAUAAACUGGCCAAAGUUCUGUUUGACUACAUUACGCCUCAGGAAUAUGGAAUCAAGGACAGCGAGAAAUUGGAAAUUGGGCUCCUUACUUCGCUACCACUGUUACGGGAGAUCGUGCGCGAUCUGGAAGAAGUCCAAGCAUCCUCUGAUGCGAAAUCCUUCUUCUACUUCACCAAAGAAUCACAUAUUUACACAUUGUUGAACUGCAUUCUAGAAGGUGGUAUCCAAACCAAGAUCAAGCGAAGCGCGAUUCCAGAGCUCGACUAUCUGUCACAGAUUUGUUUCGAGCUCUACGAGGCGAAAGAUAGCGAAACAGAUACAUUCUCGUACUCGAUUCGUAUCUCGAUCAGUCCUGGAUGUCACACCUUUGACCCUCUGGACGUCCAAUUGGACUCUCGGCAUGCUAUCGGAUGCGCUCCUCGUAGGAGUCUGACGGCACAUCAGGACUGGAAAGAAGUGAUUGAAACUCUGAAGGAGAAGUUCGACACGGUGAAAUUGCCAAAGAGCUUUAUUGCGGUCAAUCUCAGCGACAAACAUUUUGAUAGGGGAGAGGGCGUUAUGGGUUAGAAAUGCAUGUGAGUAUUAUGGUAGAUGGGUUGGAGGUUGUAGAUUCCAUACCUGGUAAAUAAGUAAUAGACAAAUAAUUGCUCAACCGU